CAAAAAAACCAGAAGACAAAAAAAAAAAAGAAAAAAAAAAAACCAUCGCCUAUUUGUCUCUCGUGCUUUAGCUGCCCUCCGUGUUUCGCUCUCCCUCCCCCUCCUCUGUCUCUCUCUGUGUUUUCAGUAGGGCUUCUCCCUGACGUUUCUUUCGUACUCCUUUCUCCGCGGCGGACGUCAUUAUCGCCGCCUCUAUCUUUCUCCCCGGAGGGUUAGAGGGAGUUUCUGUUGAUCUUCAUUUACAGUUAGAUCUGUUACGAUAGAGAAAGGAGCAAUUUUUUUGCUUGAAAGCGGAAUAAUAUUAAGGUUAGGGUUUUUUGUGUUUAUUUGAUGCGUUGGCGGGAUCCGAGGCUGCCAAACGGGUUGAUAAUCUGGGUGGGACCCUGAGAUGGCCAAUCCCGGAGUCGGCAACAAGUUUGUUUCUGUGAAUCUCAAUAAAUCCUAUGGUCAGCAGCAUUAUCAUCAGCAUCACCAUAAUAAUCAGCAUCAUUCAAGCUCAUAUGGUUCAAACCGCAACCGCCCUGGUGGAGGUGGAGGAGGGAUGUUGGUGCUUUCGCGGCCUCGUAGCUCGCAGAAGGCUGCUGGGCCGAAACUUUCUGUUCCACCCCCCUUAAAUCUGCCAUCGUUGCGGAAAGAGCAUGAGAGGUUUGAUUCGUUGGGAUCAGGUGGGGGUCCUGCUGGAGGUGGUAUGGGAAGUGGGCCUCGCCCUAGCUCUUCAGGUAUGGGCUGGACUAAGCCUGCCACAAUUGCCGUUCAGGAGAAAGAAGGAUUUGGUGUUGGUGGUGAUCAUACAGUUGAUGACACUUGUAAUAAUCAUGGUAUUGAUCAGGGAUUGCCUGGUGUUGUUAAUGGAGUCAGCAAGGGUAGUGGUAGUAGUGUGUAUACUCCUCCCUCUGCUCGGUCGGCGGUGCCUGCAGUUUCUGUUCCUUCCCAGGGUUACCCAGUGACAGAGAAAGUCACAGUUUUAAGGGGUGAGGAUUUCCCUUCAUUGCAGGCUACUUUGCCAGCCACUUCUGGGCCUGAAAAGAAACAGAAAGAUGGUUUGAAUCAGAAACAGAAGCAGUUAUUGGGUGAGGAAUUGGCUAAUGAGCGGAAUAGUUCCCAAUUGAGCACAGUUGUUGAAAUGCGUCCACAAUUGCAGUCAAGGAGUAACAUUAACAAUGGAUUGCAAGAGAGUGGUUCUGAAAUUCGUGGUUGGGAUGGUUCAGGCCUGCCUGAGAAGGACCGAAGGCGGCAAGACUACUUUUCAGGACCAUUGCCUUUAGUUCGGUUGAACCCAAGGUCAGAUUGGGCAGAUGAUGAGCGUGACACAGGACUUGGUUUGGCAGACCGGGGCAGGGAUCAUGGAUUUUCCAAGAGUGAAGCUCGAUGGGAUAUGGAUUUUGAUUUCCCAAGGCCAAGUAUUUUGCCACAGAAACCUGGACAUAAUCUCUUUGACAGGAGAGGACAACAUGACAAUGAAACUGGAAAGAUUUCUUCCAGUGAAGUCACUAAAGUGGAUACUUAUGGGCAAGAUGUGAGAAUGUCUAGCCGAGAUGGACGGGAAGGAAACUCAUGGAGAGCUUCUUCACCUCUUUCGAAAGAUGGAUUUGGUGUCCAAGAGGCCGGGAAUGAAAAAAAUGGUAUUGGCAUAAGGCCAUCCACUCUGAACAGAGAAGUAACCAAGGAGAAUAAGUACACCCCAUCACCUUUUCGAGACAGUGCUCAGGAAGAUGCUGGAAGAAGGGAUUCAGGGUAUGGACAAGGUGGGAGGCAGUCUUGGAAUAAUAAGAUGGACUCUUUUGGCAGUCGACAGCCUGAGUGGAACACUCGAGAGCGUCAUGGAAGUGAACAAUACAACAGAUACAGAGAUAUUUACCAGAAUAACUCGCUAUCCAAAUCAUCUUUUUCUUCAGGUGGUAAAGGGCUUCCAAUUAAUGAUCCAAUACUGAAUUUUGGUAGGGAUAAGCGCUCAUUCUCAAAGAGUGACAAGCCUUAUCUAGAGGACCCCUUCAUCAAGGACUUUGGAACUGCUGGUUUUGAUGGACGAGAUCCCUUUUCUGGGGGGCUUGUUGGGCUUGUUAAGAAGAAGAAAGAUGUGCUUAAACAGACUGAUUUUCAUGACCCUGUUCGGGAAUCUUUUGAAGCUGAACUUGAGAGAGUUCAGAAGAUGCAGGAACAAGAGCGGCAGCGGAUAAUGGAAGAACAUGAAAGAAGUAUGGAGCUUGCUCGGAGAGAAGAAGAGGAGAGAAUGCGGCUGGCUAGGGAACAAGAAGAACGGCAGAGAAGGUUGGAAGAAGAGAGACUGGAAGCCAUGCGGAGAGCUGAACAAGAGAGACUGGAAACCAUGCGGAGAGCUGAAGAACAAAGGAUAGCUAGAGAGGAGGAGAAACACAGAAUUCUUUUGGAGGAGGAGAGGAGGAAGCAGGCUGCUAAGCAGAAGCUUUUGGAAUUGGAGGAAAGGAUUGCGAAGAGGCAUGCUGAUGAAGUAAAGAGUGUUAGUACUAAUUCUUCUGGUGUUACAGAUGAGAAGAUGUCGGCGAUGGUAUCAGAGAAGGAUGUUUCCAAGGUGGUAGAUGUGGGUGAUUGGGAAGAUAGUGAAAGGAUGUUAGAAAGGAUCACAACUUCAGCGACUUCUGAUUCCUCAGGAAUGAAUAGACCAUCUGAGGUGGUUUCUAGGCCUCACUUUCCUAGAGAUGGCGCUGCUAUCUUUUUGGACAGAGGUAAAGCUGUGAAUUCAUGGAAGAGGGAUUCAUUUGAAAAUGGGAACAGCUCAACUUUUCUUUCACAAGAUCAGGAGAAUGGUCAUCGCAGUCCUGGGCGGGAUACAUCUAUUGGUGGAAGAACAUUUACUAGAAAAGAAUUUUAUGGGGGACCUGGAUUCAUCCCAUCUAGGACUUAUCAUAAAGAUGGUAUUCCUGAUGCUCAUAUGGAUGACUUCAGUCAGAUCAAGGGUCAGAGGUGGAAUAUGUCAGGGGAAGGAGAUCAUUAUGGAAGAAAUGUGGAAAUUGAAUCUGAAUAUCAGGAUAACCAUAGUGAGAGGUUUGGCGAUUCUGGAUGGGGACAUGGUCGUGCUCGUUGCAAUCUGUAUCCUCCAUACCAUGAACGGAUGUAUCAAAAUCCAGAGGCAGAUGGGCUCUAUUCUUUUGCAAGGUCACGGUAUUCCAUGAGGCAGCCUCGUGUUCUACCCCCUCCAUCUAUGAAUUCAAUGCUUAGAAAUCCUCACAGAUCUGGUAAUGACCGUCCUGGCCCCUCGAGUUUUCGAGAAAGUGAGAUGCAUUACAAUCAUGGAGCAAGAAAUGAAUCUUCUAUGCAGACAAGGUAUGAUAGCAGCCACCAAGAGAAUGUUAGACACACUGUAAGAAUUGAUGCCCAGCAAGAGCAUGCUGAUAAUGAAGAGCGCAAACUAGAUAGGAACACAGCAAGAUGUGACUCACAGUCCUCGCUUUCUGUUUCAAGCCCUCCUGACUCACCGGUUCAUCUAUCACAUGACGACCUGGAUGAAUCUGAAGAUUCUCUAGCAUUAUCAGGCAGUGAAGGUAAAAAUGUUUCCUUAUUGGAACAAGGGAAUGAAUCUACAGCCUUACCUAUUGAAGCUGGGAAUGAUCAUAUGAUGAGUGGCUCAAGUGUUGUCUCUACUGGUGAUGAUGAAGAAUGGACCAUUCAGAACGAUCAACAGUUGCAGGAGCAAGAAGAAUAUGAUGAGGAUGAGGAUGGUUAUGAUGAAGAAGAUGAAGUUCAUGAUGGAGAAGAUGAGAAUAUUGACCUUGCCCAAGAUUUUGAUGGUGUGCAUGUAGAGGAGAAAGGUUCUACUGAAAUGAUGGACAACUUGGUUCUUGGCUUCAAUGAGGGUGUAGAGGUUGGGAUGCCAAAUGAUGAGUUUGAAAGAAGCUCAAGGAAAGAAGAAACCAAAUUCGUAAUUCAACAAAUUUCUGAAGAAGAACAAGGAUUCUUUGAUGGGAUGCGCACUGAUGGACAAUCCCAUCAACCUGUGGAUGGUUCUACUCAAGUGAAUGUUGAUAAUUCUUCCAGACUCCUCCAGGAAACUGAGAAAGCAAUGCAAGAUUUGGUAAUUCAACCUAAAAAUGCUCUGCAAACAUCGUGUAAACUUAUGGAUCAUGUGGAUGUUUCUACUAGUUCUGGUUUGUCCACUCAGCCCCAAGUCUCAUCUUCUUCAGGUCAGUCUGUCCUGUCCAGUGGUCCCUCUGUUCUUGGUCAGCCUGAGGUACCUGUUAAGCUCCAGUUUGGGUUGUUCUCUGGCCCUUCUCUGAUACCAUCACCGGUUCCAGCCAUACAGAUUGGUACUAUACAGAUGCCUCUUCAUCUUCAUGCACCUGUUGGCCCUUCCCUUACUCAAGUGCACCCAUCACAGCCUCCUCUAUUCCAAUUUGGUCAGCUAAGGUAUACAUCUCCUAUUUCACAGGCGAUAUUGCCAUUGGCUCCGCAAUCAAUGUCCUUUGUUCAGCCGAGUGUUCCAACUAAUUUUCCUUUGAAUCAGAAUGCCAGAGGUCCUCUGCCUGUUCAACCUGGCCAAGAAACUUCUGCUCAUAAUCUUAUGAAAAGUGACCUUUUGUCUGUUUCAAUGGAUAAUCAACCAGGUCUUCUUCCUCGGAACUUAGAUGUAUCUCAUGGUCUAGCUUCAAAAGAGGAAAAUUCUUUGUCACCGAGAGAAAUUUCUGGUAGCACUCUAAAAAUGCUGCAGGGGCAAGGAGAGUUUUCUCAUGUAAAUGAUUGCAAUUCUGGGCCUGAAUCAGGAUUUCAAGUGGAAGAUGCAUUUGUGAAAAAUGUUAAAGCCUUUUCCACUAAAGAAUUGGAGAGCCAGCCUCAAACUGUGGCAGCAUCAUUGCAGUCGGUUUCUAAAGAAAAAGCUAUAGGUACCUCAAAAGUUCGGGGUCUAACAUCAGGAGGGAGAGGGAAGAGAUAUGUGUUUGCAGUGAAAAAUUAUGGCUCAAAAACAUCAUUACAGGCUUCUGAAAAUUCUCGCCAAGAAUCUAGUGGAUUUCAAAGACCUCGACGCCAGCGAACUGAAUUUCGGGUUCGGGAAAGUGCUGAUAAGAGGCAAUCUGCUCGGCUUGUUUCAUCUAUCCCAUAUGGGGUUGAUGACAAGUCUAAUAGCAGUGUUAGGGGUGCUGGAGGAAAAAGUAUCUCAAGGAGGGUGGUUGUGCCUAAUAGACAACCAAAACGGCCAUUUGAAUCAGAAGGCUUGAAUACACAGGCGGCUGGUUCCCAGGAGGUAGAUUCACAAAGUAAGGCUGAAAAGGGAACUGGAAAAGAAUUUCUGAAAAAGAAUCAGAGCAUUUCACAUCCUGGAGAGAAUGUUGAUGCACCUUUGCAAAGUGGAAUUGUGCGUGUUUUUGAGCAACCUGGCAUAGAAGCUCCUAGCGAUGAUGAUGAUUUUAUUGAGGUGAGAUCAAAGAGGCAAAUGUUGAAUGAUCGCCGUGAACAGAGAGAGAAAGAAAUCAAAGCAAAGUAUCAGGUCUCAAAGACGCCACGAAAACUUUGUUCCAGCUCACAAAGUACUGUUGCAUCUGUUACAUCAAACAAAAUUUCUUUAGCAGUUGGUGCAGAAGCCAACAAUAUACACAAUGAUUAUGUUGGCACCAAUGGACAUGGCUUGGAAAAUGUUGAAGUGUCUGCAGGAUAUAGUGCCCCUAUAGUGUCCCAAUCAUUGCUGCCAGUUGGAUUUCCUGCUGUGAAAACUGAUCCCCAGGCUGAUAUAAGAUCCCAAACAAUGAAGUCCUUCGAAACAAGCGCCUUACCUGCUGUAUCUGGUAGUGUUAAGAACCUUACAACAGGCUUAAUGUGUGAGAACAAGAAUAAGGUUCUGGAUAAUGCCCAAACAUCUUUGGGCUCUUGGGGUAAUUCCCGGAUUAAUCAACAGGUUAUGGCCCUGACACAGAAUCAACUUGAUGAGGCUAUGAAGCCUGCACAGUUUGAUGCACAUCCUUCUAUUGGAGAUCCUUCUAAAUCAGUUGGUGAGUCCAGCUUGCCAUCAUCAUCGAUGUUGGCUAAGGACAAGUCGUUUUCUUCUGCUGUGAGUCCUAUCAAUUCGUUGCUUGCGGGGGAGAAGAUUCAAUUUGGUGCUGUCACAUCUCCAACAGUCCUCCCACCUAGCAGCCAUGCUGUUUCCCAUGGGAUUGGCCCUCCAGGUCCUUGUCGGUCAGACAUUCAAAUUUCUCUUAAUCUAUCCUCAGCUGAAAAUAAUUGCUCUCUUUUCUUUGAAAAAGAGAAACCCUCCGAUGAAUGUGCUCAUCUGGUAGAUUGUGAAGCUGAAGCAGCUGCCUCAGCCAUUGCUGUUGCAGCUAUAGGCAGUGAUGAGAUUGUUGGGAAUGGGCUGGGUAUGGGCCCUGUAUCUGCUUCAGAUUCCAAAAAUUUUGGUGGUACUGAUAUUGAUGGAAUAACAGCAGCAGGUUUAUCUGGAGAUCAACAGUUAGCUAAUCAAUCAAGAGGUGAAGAGUCCCUUAGCGUUGCUCUUCCUGCUGAUCUUUUGGUUGAGACACCACCAAUCUCUCUAUGGCCGCCUUUACCAAGUCCACAGAAUUCUUCUAGCCAGAUGCUUUCUCAUGUCCCUGGAGGUCCAGCUUCCCAUUUUCCAUUCUAUGAGAUGAAUCCGAUGUUGGGGGGAUCUAUCUAUACUUUUGGACCACAUGAUGAGUCUGCAUCUACCCAAUCGCAGCCCCAGAAGAGUAAUACUUCAGUUUCGAGACCAGUUGGGACCUGGCAACAUCAUUCUGCUGUAGAUUCAUUCUAUGGCCCUCCGGCUGGUUUCACUGGUCCUUUCAUCAGCCCUCCUGGAAGCAUUCCAGGGGUUCAAGGUCCUCCACACAUGGUUGUGUAUAAUCAUUUUGCACCAGUUGGACAGUUUGGACAAGUUGGCUUGAGUUUCAUGGGUACCACCUAUAUUCCAUCUGGGAAGCAACCUGAUUGGAAGCAUAAUCCUGCUUCUUCUCCGAUGGGUGUUAGUGAAGGGGACCUGAAUACUUUGAAUAUGGUUUCUGCACAGCGCAAUCCCACCAAUGUGCCAACACCUAUACAACAUCUUGCGCCGGGAUCACCUCUCUUGCCCAUGGCAUCUCCUCUGGCCAUGUUUGAUGUUUCUCCUUUCCAGUCCUCUCCUGACAUGUCGGUCCAAGCUCGAUGGUCACAUGUUCCUCCAUCACCUCUUCAAUCUGUUUCUGUAUCAAUGCCAUUGCAGCAACAUGCAGAAGGUGCGCUUCCUUCUCAGUUUAACCAUGGGCAAACUGUUGAUCAACCAUUAGUUAACAGCUUCCAAGAGUCUCAGACAACUAAGUCCUCUGACAACACCCUGAACUUCCCCAUAGCCACUGAUGCAAGUGUCACCCAGUUACCAGAUGAACUGGGGUUGGUAGACGCAUCAUGCUCCACCAGUGCUGGAACUUCAACACUGAGCACUGUUGCUAAGAGUUCAUCUACUAGCAACAUUCCAGAUGCUGGCAAGAUGGAUGCGGUGCAGAAUUGUAGUGGGACCAACAGUCGCAGCUGCCAGAGUACAAGUUCUAUUUUCAAAAUGCAGCCUUCACAUCAGAGGAGUACUUCUGCCCAGCAUUACAGUAAUUCCUCUGGCUAUAAUUAUCAAAGAGGAGGUGGAAUCUCUCAGAAGAAUAGUUCUGGGGGUGAAUGGUCUCAUCGUAGGAUGGGAUACCAAGGAAGGAAUCAAUCUUUGGGUGCAGAAAAGAGCUUUCCUUCUUCAAAGAUGAAGCAGAUUUAUGUGGCUAAACAGACUGCAAGUGGAACACCAAUGGCUUCAUGAAUAGAAAAUAUUAAAUGAGGUUUUUGGAUUUAGAAGUUGAAAGCAUCGGGGACUGAAGUAUCUUUCCAGUGUAAAUUUUGUUUUUGUUCUAAUAUUUUUUUUUUUUUUUUUUUUUUUUUUUUUUAUAAUUUUGACAAGGGGAAAGUUUGAGAUUUGGAUAAUACUGGUCUCAGAAUUGAUAUGCCAGUCUUUCUCAGGGGAAGUUAGCAGAGCUGGUUGAGCACAUCUGUUCUGGGAACCUGCUACGCUAUUUCAAGUAUUGUGUGCUAGCUCGGGGGUUGUUCCUUUUUUUUUGUCGUCUCUUUGUUGGCUGCACAAACCUAAUUGUAAUUUGUUGGGAUUGAUGUAUUAAAAUUAUUGAGGAUCCAGCUGGUGUGUUCUUGAUGCUGCUAAUGAUAAUGAUAAAUGUGGGCUAGGGGAAUUGCCUUGUUUUAA